AUGUUGGCCAGGCGGGUAGGCUCCAUAACAUGUAAUCUCUACAGAGGGGUCACAACCUACAGUGGAUUGACAUCUGAAGAGUUCAUGAGAAAUGUGACAAAUGAGCCUGUGUUGGAGUAUAAAAAAGGGAGCGCGGAAAGGCUGGCACUGGAAAAGGAACUGGAGAAAAUGAGCAAGACCCCCACAGAUGUUCCGAUUAGGAUUGGCGACAGGAAAAUUUUCAAUGAAAAUAUCCACUAUCAAGUAAUGCCAUCUGACCAUCGAACUUCUAUCGCCAAAUAUUCAUACGCAACUGCAGGGCAGAUUCACGAAGCAAUAGAGGUUGCUCUUGAGGCUCGAAUAGCAUGGGAGAGAAAACCGUUGAAGGAACGAGCUGAUAUUCUUCUCCAUGCAGCUGAUCUGGCAGCUGGUAAGUAUCGAAUGAGAUUAAACGCAGCCACCAUGCUUGGUCAGGGAAAGAACAUCGUGCAGGUAUGGAUCAUUUGUAACUACGUAAUGUU